CCUUAAAUCAGAAUUAAUGAUCGGAGGCGUUAUCUGACGGCCAGGACGCGCAGCUGUCGGAGGCUCCGCACAUCUGCACAACUCAGACUGGAAUAGAAACUCACUCUCAUCAGUGUAAUGUAAUAGUUAUACUGAUCAUUUAACUGAAACAGUCCAAGAGGUUUGAAGAAUGCGACGCAUCUCAGCCUGGGUUGGCUGGGCGCUCUGUUUGUGCACAUAUUUGGCUGCGAGCGCGCAGGACUACCCGGAGGAGGACGAGAUGAUCCUGGAUCUGUUCAGCGAGGACGGGACUAAACCCGAACCCCGAGCUGUGCCCACUGCUGAGUUCCUCAAGUGCAACAAGGCAGCGUGGCGCGUGCAUGGUCAGUACCUGGUCGUACUGCGUCAGGGCACGCAUGGCUCUCACGUGCAGAGGACCAUCAGGAGACUGAGAGCCAAAGCAGCCCGGAGAGGUCAGCUGCUGGAGAUCCUGCACACUUACUCUGCAGCUCUGCAAGGCUUCAUGGUCAAGAUGAGCAGCGACGUCCUUCACCUGGCAUUGAAGCUCCCUCAGGUCCACUACAUCGAGGAGGACUCGUCCAUCUUUGCUCAGAGCGCCCCCUGGAACCUGCAGAGGUUACUGCAGCCUCACGGCGGCUCUUCUGAAAACGGAACAUACCGGCCGCCCAACGACGGAGGUAUGGCUUUGGUCUAUCUGUUGGACGGCAGUGUUCAGAGUUCUCACAGGGAGAUCGAGGGACGGGUCCUGAUCACAGACUUCAACAGCGUCCCUGAGGAGGAUGGAGUCAGAGUUCAUAGACAGGCCAGUCAGUGUGACAGUCACGGCACACACAUUGCAGGGGUGGUGAGUGGGUCGGACUCUGGUGUUGCUCGAGGGGCCGGUGUUAACCUGGUCCGUGUGCUAAACUGUCAGGGGAAAGGGACCGUGUCCGGAGCUCUGGCAGGUCUAGAGUAUAUCCAAUCCACUCUUCUGGCCCGCCCCGUGGAUGCUGUGGUUGUGUUGCUGCCUUUCUCUGGUGGUUUCAGCCGGUCUUUGAACGCAGCCUGUCGGGACAUGGUGGCUAAAGGAGCUGUGGUCAUCGCCGCUGCAGGGAACUACAGAGAUGACGCCUGCCUCUACUCACCUGCUUCAGAGCCUGAGGUCAUCACAGUAGGGGCAGUAAACUCAGUGGACCAGCUCAUGUCACAGGGAGCGGGGGGCACCAACUUCGGCCGCUGCAUCGAUCUGUUCGCGCCCGGUGACGACAUCGUCAGUGCCAGCAGUGACUGCAGCACCUGCUUUACAUCCCAGAGUGGAACCUCCCAGGCUGCUGCACAUGCUGCAGGUAUAGCAGCUGUGAUCCUCUCUUCCAAUCAGAACGUGUCGCCGGUGCAGGUAAUGCAGAUGAUGCUGCAUUAUUCCAUCAGCCACACGAUCAACUUCCUCUCUCUGCCCGACUCACAUCGUCUAAUUUCUCCCAAUCUGGUAGCAGCCAUGCCUCCUGCUAACAGCGCAAAUGAGGAGCUUCUGUGUCGAUCAGUGUGGUCCAAGAGGUCAGGGGUCACAAGCUCUGACCAGGCUGUCAGUCGCUGUCGUCUGGGGGAGGAGAUGAUGAGCUGCAGCAGCUACACCCCUGAUGGUGUCCAUGCUGGAGAAACCAUCUCUGAGAGCAGCGGGCAGAUGGAGUGUGUUGCCUUUAAUGCUCUGGGGGGGAAAGGUGUGUAUGCUGUGGCGCGGUGCUGUGUGAUCGGUGGUCUGCAGUGUCAGGUCCAUGCCAGCCCUGAGUGUGUCGCAACGCAGUAUCAUCUCACCGGCUGCACAUUGUGGUCUGCUGCUGGGAUCUCAGCUGACUCCCGUCCAAAUGGCAGUGAUCGGAGGCGUUGUGUUGUGAGCAGCGGGGCCACAUCUCAUGCUGUUUGCUGCCAUGCUCCAUCUCUGGAGUGCCACCUGUUGGAAAAGAUAUCAGCUGAUAAAGAUCAGGUGGAGGUGUCCUGUCCCUCCGGCUGGACUCUGACCGACUGUAGCGCUGUCUCUCCUGGCUCUGUCGUCUUAGCGCCAGUUGCUAAGGGGAACAGUUGCCAUGUCGGCAGUGCAUCAGGAGCUGGCGGGGCUGCUGGCGUCGCUGUCUGCUGCCGCGUCAGACAACCAGAGCAGCGCCGCGCUUCACCUCCUCCCUGAUCUCACUCCACUCUGAUGUCCUACAGCCUUUAUAUUUAUGUAAUGUUGACUGGAAGGAAACACACACACUCCUCUUGCUUUGUCUCCUUUGUGGUGCAGGGAAUACAUUCACAUGGGGAUCUAAUUUUAAAGAAAAAGGUCAAUUCCAGGAAACACUUUUCACCUCUGCAUUGAUUAACUUAAAAAUAGUUGAAGUUCAGAAACGACUUGAUAAAGGAUCUAAGACUGAAACGCAGAGCGGUUGAUAAGUGUGUGCAGGCAUUGACUUUAACUCUUUGAAAUUAGGUGUCUAUUGAUAUCAUCUAUAACUUUGAUCAGUUGUCAACGUUUGUCUGUUUCUCAGUUUUAGAAUUAGGUCAAAUAUGCCCUAGCAGAUAUUGUUCUAUUCAUUAGAACCGUCUUGUAUGCAGUUUGUAAAAUAUAACCACAAAUAUUAUAUAUCUUUUACAAAGGAAAUAUUCUGAAAAAGCUUUCCCCCGAACCUGUGGUCAAUUGAAUACAUUCUAUCUUAGGUGAUAUAUUGAAACUGAUUGUGGCACCCUGGUAAGGCCUACAUGUCCCAGGAUGCAUUGCAUGUGGGGUUCUGAGGCACAGGGUCUCCACGGGCUAUAUCCUCGCUUAUGUUGCUGCUGACUCAGCUCUGUCUGCCCUGCAUUUUUUGGCCAUUUCCUCAGGCUUGAAUGAUCAUGUCUGAAUAUCCAGGACUUAUCUAGAGCUCACAAACUGGGUGCCCAUAGCUUCCUUGCACAAAACUACAUCACCGUUACUUCAAAAAACAAUCUGGAUUCAGGAAAUACAUUACAUUUUGAAGCGGCCUACUCAGAUUUCCCGAUAAAUAAACUGGCACUGAGGAAUUUAUUGCUUCAGUCGACUAUAUUUGCAACAACAUUGAUUGGUCUUCCACUGAGGCGGUAACAUUUAGUAGAGGUAGUAGAAGUAGAGGCAAUACACAUUCUCUAACCAGAGGGUAAUCUAGUAAUACCUCUUUUUCACAGCAGACAUUAACAAAGGUCAUCUUAUAUUCAGAGUCCCAGUAAGACAUGACAGUGGGACAGUAUCAGGACCCUGGACUAAAGCAGCUGAAAUGUAAUUCAGUCAUCAUUCAUUUUAUUAUUUACAGCCGGGAUUUUCCUACAGUCAUGUCAGAAUGUCUUUGUGAAAAACUCAUAUUAAAAGACAGUUGACACACACGGACGCUCAGCAGUUUAGUCAAAUCAGGGCUGAAAUAUCCAUCAGUGCAGCAAACAUUUUCACACACGUAAUAGUGUUUACAGUUCUGAGUGUAGGUGAAAAUCAGGCAGCAGCAGCAGCAGCAGGAUUGUGGGUAAUAAUCUGCCCUAUUAGCAGAUUGAAUAAUGAUGAGCCAGAUAUCUUCUGCUCUCUCUCUCUCUGUGUGUUCCCACAAAACAAUUAAACAGCUGUCUUGAAUGCUUGAAUAAAUUACAUGUGUCUGUCCUGGGCAUUGAACUGCAUUUAUGUGAAGUGAAUAAAAUAAAGUGAAAAACACAAUGCCAUUUAAACCAAGCACACUCAAAGGACUUUGAUUUAAAGAUGUCAGCAUGGAGAGCACCACAGGGCAGGGCAUGAGUGGAUUGAAGUUUGAUUGGCACAGGAGAUGUGGUUUCAUCAUUGCUAAGGUGAUACAACGCGUCAUGAUUUAUGUCUCAUCAGAUUAGAUUAUUCUCUACAAAAACAAAAGCCACCACAUUAAGCUGUGUUUAUUCUUAAAGUGGAGCUCACCUCAUUAUCAGCCCAAUAUUACUUUUUCACAGCAUCUUAUUUGAGUUAUCAUUGAGGAACAGCACAGGUGUACUAAUGACUAUAAUACUGAUGAAACUUCUCUAUUAAUAACAGUAAAACAGAUUGUGCGACAACAGGAUCUUAAUACUGAAGUGGUUCAAAUAAUUCAGCAGUAAUUCAUUAAAUCAUCACCUGUGCUUUUCUUCCAAUGAUGUCAAAAGUCUUCAAUAAAAAAGGUCUAUUCAUGUCUGCUGUAUCAAACCAGAAUAUGCUACAUAAAUCAACAUGAAAAGGUAACAAAAAUAAAACCCUCAAGGUGCACCAACAUUUUGUAAUGUGACAAGGUGUAAACAUACAUAAAAACAAUGUUUACAAAAGGUUGUGCAUUCCAGUUUAUUUUAUAUCAAAUUUCCCCUUAUUCAAACUCUGAUGUACAAAUUAAAACUGAGUUUUAACAUGCAUUACAGAAUCCUGCGAUGGCAGAAGUGAAG